AAAGCUAAAAAUGAACCCUGUCUCCUCUUCAUGACCCCUGCAGACAGCGUGCUGCUGAGGGACGUCCAGGCUCUGACCCUCUACAGGAACCGCUACACCACAGCGCGGCGCUCCAGCCCAGUCCCUCAGCUGAAGUGUGUGGGCGGCUCUGCAGGCUGCCAUGCCUUCAUCCCUGAGGUGGUUCAGUGUGUAAACAAAGGCUGGGACGGCGUGGACGUUCAGUGGGAGUGUAAGGCGGACCUGGACAACGCCUACAGGUUCGGCCGUAUCGAGGUGAGCUGCGAGGGAUACAACCACCCCUCUGAUGACUACAUCCUGAAGGGCUCCUGUGGACUGGAGUUCACCCUGGAGCUGACCCAGGAGGGCCAGAGGAGAAGUCCAGGCAGCGCGGGCUCCCAUGGGGGGUUUAAGGAGUGGGGGGGACUUGGAGGUCUGGCCUCUACUUUCUUCAGCAGUUUUUUUGGAAACAAGCGGCACCAGAACCAUAACCAGUACCAGAACCAGCACCACAACCAGCACCACAACCAGAACCAGCACCACUCAGACAGCGAGUCAUCAGGCGGCCUGUUGGUGGUGGCUGUGCUUCUUCUAUUAGCUUAUGGCGUCUACAAGCUGUUCCUCAGCGGGGACGGCGCCCAGUUUGGGCCCGGUGGGGGGCAGGCAGGCUACCCUCAGGGGAACCAUCCCCACAGCAUGGGAGGACCCCCCCCUCCUGGCUUCAAGCCUGACUACACAGACUCUCCAGGAUCCAGUCCAGGAUACGGUUUCCAUAGCGAUUACACUAACGGACAACGGUACCCAGGAGGCCGCGCCGGUCCGGGCACAGGCGGGGGCUUCUGGACUGGGAUGGGGACAGGGGGAAUGCUGGGAUAUCUGUUUGGACGUCAGAGGUGAGUGAA